GGCUCAUAUUCAUCCACGUGGUCGCUUUUGAUGCAUUAUUACUCCACCAAUCCAACGGAUCCCCUGCACUUCCUUUCUCCCUCUUUUUUCCUUUUUCUCUCUCCUCCUCCCACUCUCUCUCCUCCCAAACCACGCAGCGUUUUCCGAUGGCGGAUUCCGACAACGAAUCCGGCGGUUGCGGAAAUCGCGAACUCUCCGCUCGAGAACAAGACCGUUUUCUUCCCAUCGCUAACGUCAGCAGAAUCAUGAAGAAAGCGUUGCCGGCAAACGCUAAAAUCUCCAAAGACGCUAAAGAAACCGUUCAAGAGUGUGUGUCGGAGUUUAUCAGCUUUAUCACCGGAGAAGCCUCCGAUAAGUGUCAGAGAGAGAAGAGGAAGACGAUUAAUGGCGACGAUCUUUUGUGGGCGAUGACGACGCUUGGAUUUGAGGAGUAUGUUGAGCCAUUGAAGGUUUAUCUUCAUAAGUAUAGGGAGUUGGAGGGUGAGAAAACGACGGUUUCCGGCGGAAGACCCGGUGAGAAAGACGGAUCUUCCGGUGGAAAUUCGGGUUCCGGUGGUGGUGGUGGUGGCGGUGGUUCUGGCGGGUAUGGUGGUGGUUCCGGUGGGAAUAGUGGUGGUUCCGGUGGUGGAGGUGGUAUGUAUGGUGGGAUGAUGAUGAUGGGGCAUCAUCAUCAAGGUCAGAUGUAUGGGUCGGGUUCGUAUCAUCACCAUCAAAUGGUGGGAAUGUCGGGUUCUACAGGUGGUUCGGAUAGCAGCGGUGGAACGACAUCCACCGUUGUUAAAAUAAGAUAGGUGGUGGUGGUUGUGGGUGGAGAAAUGUAUACAAAUAGUGGGGUAACUAAUUUAAGGGGGGUUAAAAAGUGGCGGGUUUUUUCUUUUAAUUUCUUUUCUCUUUUUUGUUUAUUUUUAGAUGCCUUUUGAUGUGUUAGGUAAAGUGGGAGUAAUUUUAUAUGUGUAAUUCUUAGUUUAAUAAUUAAUCCUAAUUAUUAGAUAAAUAAUUAUUAAUAUUAUGAUUAUUAUUGGCUAAAGUAUGUAACUUUAGGGAAAAAGGUUUGUGACUGGAGGAUAGAGAGAUCUAACAUGGGAAUGAAGAGAGAAAGAUAUUGGAGGAAUGUGUAUUUUAUGAGGAUUCCUCAUGCUAUAUUACUACGUAAUAUUGUUAUUAGUUGAAGUGACUAUUGUAUUUAUUAAUCCGUUGAAAUGUUACACAAAUCUCGUGUGCAACCGUUAUAAAUGUGCACAAGAUUCACUUUGUACAGUUUUUGUUAAACUUAAUAUUUCUAUGAUUUAAGA